AUGAGUAAAUCCAGUGGAUCUGAGGCUACUCAACAAGUGGAGUCCAACCAAGAUUCAAGUGCGGAUUCGUUGGAUGUUGAUUAUGGUAGACUAUCAGUCAUCAGUCAACUAGUAAGAGUAGUCUUAGAGCACAACACUGAUCCACUUAUCGAGAGGAUACUGCUGGUGCUUGCCGAGAAAAUUUCAAAGGAUGCGGCUGAGUUUGUAGAAGCCGAUAGCUGGUCAAAAAGUGUUGUUAUUAGUGGUGUUGAGAAGGCUGCACCCGGGCACCCAGAGUAUUUCUAA